AGCAGUAGACGGACAGUGGGGGAGCAGGAGAGGCGCAGACACAGGGAGGGAGGUUAAGGCAGGUAAAAGCUGGAUUGCAGACGAACAGAGAGACACAGGUAGAGAGGCAGGUGCAGAGAAAUAAAGGCAACACAAGUAAACAAAGACAGAGAGACAGAGAGAGCAUCAUGGCGCUGAUCCCCUCGCAGGUCCUCCGGGUCGCCAUCCUGCUGUCUUAUUUCUCCAUCCUCUGCCACUACAAAGCUUUAGACAUGCCGGCACACCAGACCUACGGAGGCAGCUGGAAGUUUCUGACCUUCAUCGAUCUGGUAGGCUUUAACAUUUCAAUGUGAACCCCGAACAGCCGG